UUGUUUGAUCAGUAAGCAUGUAUGUUUGACGCACUGGGUGUUUGAGUGAAGUAAAUAUUGUUCAUCGAAUGAGGGUUGGCUAUACCUUGUUACGGUUGAUAAAUGGCAUUAAAUGAGCGACGUAUUUGAACGAGGUUUGUCAGCAUUAGAACGAUUAAUAAACUUUAAUGUCUCUUAAAAUAUGUUCGUGUAAUGGUUGGCAGGUUAGACCGUUUUUCCUUAAACAAAAUGAACAGAUUUAUAAAGUCAGUUCCAACAUGAUAGUUAUGCAGGAGGUGUAUACGCAAUGCAUGGUAAAUCAAGAACCAAGCAUACGUUUAGUAGAUUGGGGGUAAGAUGGGACAUGGUCUAUUAUCUUUGAUCGCCCCAUCCUUAUACGGCUACAAAAUAAUGUUAUCAAUUGUUUAAAACCGAACAGAAAACUUGCGAUAUUAUGUGCUUAAAGUGUCUAAUUUACCCCUAUCAUACUUUAAAAGUAGAGACAGUUUAGUUCGUCUAAAGAUCAGUAGUUUGUUUCUCAGUCAAUAAUGCUUACUAUCGAUUCAUUUUUUAACUAAUUUUGAAAAAUCUCUGACGUAAAAUGUUAUUUUUGUUAAUAGAUUCCAAUGCAUGCAAAUAUAAUCCGUGUGAUCUGAUAUAAUUAUGACAAUUUGUGCUUACUACUCGUGACUUGUUAUAGUGGUGGAUGUAAUACAAACAUAUAGAUAAACUUUAACAAUGAGAUUUGGAUUGGACGUCACUUCUCGUUAGAUUUUGUCUUCAUCAGAUAAUUUGGAGAAUCGGAUUUCUCUUUUUACUUGUCUCAUUCAACUCUAAUUAAAUUUACGUAAAAAUAGUGAUUUCUGCAUCAAAAACAUGUAAGAAUAAAUAGCAUGACCGCGUUUUAUGGAAGAUUGUUGGGAAAUAUGUGACAAGAUUGAACGUUAGCUGUAUUUUCACGAUUCUUGAUGAAAUGUAAAACCGAGUUUAUUUAUAAAAUGCGAGUGAUUUGCAUUUUUGAUGGUUUAUUCAUUUUCAAGCAAGCUGAAUAUUUGGUAGCCCUUAUUAGCUGGCUUAUAAGGAUUUAAUAUCAACUACAAUCUAUAUAAACAUGACGAACGAAGAAAAUGGCAAAGAAACCAAAACUGGAUCCACGAUCCGACACGAUGUUGUAACCUGGGUGUUUUCCAUGUUGUUUAUCAUUGCAUGGCUUGGCUGCAUGUGGGCGUGGGGCGUUGCCGUUGGUUGGAACGCACAGUCGGGCUACACAUACGAAAGCGUGAACAAUUCCAUGAUAAGAUUCUUACCUGAACCUUACUUUUGCAAUGAUACUUCAAUACCAGGUCGAUCCGGGUCCGAAUGCUCGGGAACCUGGUACUUCUGGAAGCUUCCACCCGACCAAGCAACAAUAUUAACUCAUGCAAUCGUGUGGUUGUUCUACUGCCUUCAUCAAGUUUUUAUAUGGGCGUUAAUAUACAGAGCUCAACUUACCGUGUCAAGGCGGAAAGAUGGCGCGCGUACCAAGAAAUACGGGUGGAAUAUAGUUCUACAAAACCAACCAAAAUAACUUUGCCAUAUGUGAUGUUUUGAUUAGA